AAGCGUGUUGGAUCGCAAUUACGUGCAAAAUAUCAGCAUAAAAUGAAGAAAGGGAAAGGACUAUGUCGCUAGCAGUUAGAAACGACUUUCCGACAGGCUCAUCUAUCGUCUUAAUAGGCGCUCGAGGUGCCGGCAAAUCCAGCUUGGCAACUAUUGCGUGGAGCUCAUUUGCUUUCAAACACGUCGAUAUCGAUGACAUUGUUCGUCUCAAAUUUGGCCAGUCUCUUUCUGCGCAUGUUUGGCAGAGCAACGCGGGUGAAUGCGGUCCAGCCGAAUUGACAAUAAUCCACCAAAUAUUCGAAAAGCACCCUCGAAACGCAGUUAUAGUGUGGCCCCCUGGCUGUGUGGGAAAGAUAGCCUAUUCCGUCCUUGAGCAGUAUGCCAGAUACCACCCUAUCAUCUAUGUUGCACGGAGCGCUACGGCAAUACAAACAUAUCUUAAAGCUCCAGAUCCAGACAAGCUAAUGAGAUAUUUGGAGCUGCAAAAUCUGGUUUAUAGAGCGUCCUCGCAUUUCGAAUUUUUCAAUUUAGAUGAAGAAGAGCUAGAAAGCUCUUCAGCUAGCAACUAUGACUCUAGUAUGGCUCGACAUCCUCGCCCACUUCGUCUCAAACGGACGGAGGAGAGUUUUGUGCGGUUCCUUAGAAAUAUAUUACAAUUGGGACGACAUAAUUUGUCACGCAAUGAUGCGCUAUCACUUCCUCCCUCAAGGUCUCUUAGAACUUAUCUUCUAAUUGUCUCUCUCACACAAAUAAACUCACCCAGCUUUGACGUCAAGUCUCUAGACUGCGGUGCCGACGUUUGCCAGCUUGAUAUAAACCUCACGGAGGUGGAAAGUUAUCCGAUUUUGGAGUUGACAGAUAGGAUCAGCAAGGCGCAUGCUAUACUGACACGAUUCUUUUAUGGACCCGUCAUAUAUCAUCUUCAUGUUCCCUCAUCUUUGUCUCUAAACACGAGCCAAUACAUUAAUAUGUUUCGUCAUGGGUCAAGAAUCGGCGUUGACUACCUGACGGUGGACUUGAGGCUUUGUUCUAAGGCAAUAUCUGAGUUGGUGGCACAUCAACGGUCGCCACGAUUUCUGGGGGUCUUUCACGAUGACAACCCAGGAUCUGAGGGCUGGUCUAAAGGGGAGCGCUGGGAGAUGCUGGAAAAGGCUGCUGCCAUACCUGGACUUGAUGGGAUCAGACUUACGCAAGUCGGAAGUCAUGUUGAGGAUAAUUCUGCGGUCACCGCUUUCAAAGUCCAAGCUACUCGGUACCGAAUUGGGCGGAAAUUUCUUGUUGCUUAUAACACCGGGCCCUUGGGACGUACCUCGCGAUGUGAGAAUGAGAUUUUGACACCUGUUUCGGCUCCCGGAUUUGAGGGUUAUCAUCCAGAAUUGUCAAUACAGGCCCUACACAACGCUCUGUACGCCUCCUUUAUUUAUGAACCGAGAAACUUUUACGUUCUCGGCAAUGACAUGUCCAAAUGCCGCUUUCCUCAUGUACAAAGAGCGGCGCAUCGUUUUUUUGGGUUUCCGCACACCGUACAAACCAUAUCAACUAGUAAAUUGCCUGAGGCCAAGAAUGACAUGUUUCUGGGUGGCAUUAGCAUUGUUACGCCAGAAUAUAAAGUGUCUCUCUUGCCACUCGCUUCGUCGUUAAGCGAGCAUGCAAAGCACAUAGGCGCUAUUAAUACUCUCAUACCAAUUCGUUGUCGGUUAUUUGAGGGCAUCACUGUACCCCCACCGGAUUUCUGGAGGAAUCGAAAUACACAAAGCCAUUCUGUUGGAUUAUAUGGGGAAAACACGGACUGGGUUAGCAUCAGUGAGUGCAUUAGACGAAAUCUCUCACCAGCAAAUGCGAUUACGAAGAACAGCACGGCCUUAAUUGCUGGUGCCAGUGGGAUAGCCUAUGCCGCACUAUAUUCAUUACUGCAAUUGGGUGUCUCAAAUAUUGUCAUAUAUAGCUUUAAGGCCUCAGAUGCCCAUAAGCUUGCUAUCCAUUUUCGUGAAUUUGACGAACGAAAUCAUACAGAUCGCGAGGGUUCGAAGACAGAUAUCCGAAUCAUUGACUCUAUCCAGGCAGACUGGUAUGCUGAUCUAAAGCAGCCUACCAUUGUGAUUUCAUCCCUGCCAGUAAUGGAACCCGCCAAUACAGACCUAGAUACACAAUUUAUCCUUCCUAUUCAGUGGAUGAAAAGUACCACUGGAGGCGUGAUUCUUGAUCUCAAUUACCGACCUUUAAUCACACCGAUCCUGCGUCAAGCUCAUGACCAAGCCAGUAAAGGCUGGGUAACUGUCGAUGGUUUGGACAACCUAGUUAUACGCGCCACCACUGAAUUCGAAAUGUACACGGGCAGGCAGGCGCCGCGGAGUUUAACGAGAAUCGAAGCUCUGCGAAACUAUCACGACGAUACAUAUACAGUCACAUGACACGGUUAAAGCUGAUCAAAUUAACUGAGUCAAUCACGGACAGAUUUGUCGAAUUACGUGGAGGAAUUUUGCAAAUGGCACGUUGGGACCACCAAAGAAAAGAUAGAUGUGUAAAUAAUUUUAUGCUCGUUAAGUAAUCCAUGGAGUUUGGCAUAUCGCGCAACUGCAAUUUGUAUUUUCCAACAUUUAAGAUAUUAUUGAAAAAUGUGUCUCGCG